AUGAGUUCUCCGCGGGGCCACGAGGAACAGGCGGCGAUCCCUCGCAGCAGCACGCCUGCUUCAACCUCCGAUGUGAUCGCCGAAGACCUGCGACAAUUUAAUCGCUCUCCCCAUCCCUACCACCGUACCAACGGGCGCAUCGGGUCGCGCACGCCCUCCGAACCCGGCGAUCGCCUCCGACCGUUAUCCGUUUACUCGAAAUCAUCGCGGACACCGAGUGACAGCGGCACGGAGGCUGAUGAUGAAAGUACUGGUAUCUUGAGAGGUCUGCCGGCGCCGCCUGUUCGACCGCGGAAAGGCCUGCGCUCUGGCGCGAAUGGGACACUCGAUACCGAUGCGUGGCUGCCUACUUUACAACCGUGGCCGUCAUUCGUGCGCCCUUCAUCACGGGCCUCGCGGCGAAGCUCGUCGGAAGAGACAGAGGAUAGGUUCGCUGAGAGGAAACAUAUCCGUCGACAGAGGCGGGUUGAGAUUCUGCGGCGGCUGGUGGAGACUGCGCUCCUGUUGUCUGUCGGCGCUGUCGUCUUGGUACAAGAAGAUGCUCGUUCAAUUGCUUGGGCUUGGAGGAAAGGUAGGAUUGCUUUUGAUUGUCUAGAACCCGGAGACGUGGAUUUGGUUUCGCUUAACAAUGGUAUAGAGCUCGCCGCCCACGGAAUUACGCUCGCCAGUCUAUAUGCUGCCUACCCAGUACUCCUUCGAGCCUCGAGGGGCCGAAGGUGGCGCAUAUGGCCUCCCAAAUCCAAACGUCCGUUCUUCUCCAUACCACCGAGUUUCGAUCCCGCUCCGCUACUCUAUCCGAUCCUGAUCCCGGUUUUUGUCUCGCUAUCUUUGACACACCAUCUCCCGACCUUGCUUAUACCCAACCUCAUUCUGAGCCUUUCGUCCCUCCCGGCUCCAGUCAUCCCCCUGCAGAGCUGGAUCAAUGGCUUCAGUGUGACACAUUGGAUGGUGACUCUGGUGCCGAUCCUCGCCUCAGAGCACCUCUCCUUCGACAGUACGGUUCCCAAGCCGCUGUCUCUGCGCGGGCAAGAUUCGGAAUCGUUGAUUCUUCUUUUCCCUUUGCAUCAAGCGUUGAUACCCACUUUAGAUUUUUUGUUGACCACCAGCAUUCUGCCUGCCGAAUUGCAGCUUUUGACGACAGCGCUAAUCAAUCUGUACUUGUUUGCGGCCUCUCCACAGGCGGAGAUUCUAAAGGCCUUGCUAUGGCUGGGUGGGAUAUGCUUAUUCGCUGCUUGUCGACACAUACUCCGUUGGGAGGUGGCUCUAGCUCGGAUCCCUAGUUGGAAGUUCCGCCGUUCACUAAGCGGACCGCUCUCCCCGCGAAAGUUCUUCAACAUGAUGGACCACCGGCUGUGUCAGAAACUCAGCCGGGCUGGGGUCUCGGAUGAACCCACGUCUGAUAGUGAUGGACCCGGUGGAGUACCCCGACCUCGCAGGACGAAGACAAUGCGGAACGGUCGGGACCCUAUGUCGGCCAUUGACAAUAUGACCGCCGAGCAAGCCUUUGAACAACAUGCUCGUGCGCAGAACCGGCGACGGAGACAUACCAUUUCAACGUUUGAGGAGGCAGUGCAAGAAGAACGUGUGCGCACUACACCUGGUGGUCGCCGGAAGAAAUCGAUGGGACCUGGGCUUGCCUCGUUUCUUUCCAUGACUGCAGCCCAAGCGCAGGUCCGCAAAUGGCUGUAUGCGAUUUACGUAUACGCAAUUUCUCUCGGGAUCAUCUUGGGGCCCAUUCGGAAGUACAUUUCUGAACGAGCACUGCAAGGACAGGAUCCUUUUGGAUGGGCCGUUGGAUACCUUUUGGGCAAUUUAUCGGGGGUCCGAUUCUGGGUGCUCAUGCUGAACCUCGAGUAUUGGAUCCAGUUACCCCCGCGGCCUGACGCUGCGUUCCAAGAUCCCUCUUGCAGGCUGGGCUGGGUUGAGCAUGUCCGCCAGACAGACUUUGGACCUGCCACCACCCGCCUGCUGAUGAGUGCCUACUGUAUUCUGGUUCUGGUGACCGGGUUGGCAAUUGUAUUCCAACUCAGCUCCGUGGCCGAGGUGGAUACGCGGCGCAAGGUCUUCCAUGGAAUGAUGGUGCUAAUGUUUCUGCCCACCGUAUUCGUGGACCCGACAUUCUGUGCACUCGCCUUGGCUCUGGUUCUCUCAGUCUUUUUGCUUCUGGAUCUAUUCCGUGCAUCUCAGCUACCCCCGAUCUCGCGACCCUUGACCUACUUCCUCGCGCCGUAUGUGGACGGGCGCGACCACCGUGGACCGGUCGUCAUUUCACACAUCUUCCUGCUGAUCGGCUGCUCCAUUCCACUAUGGCUGUCCCUCUCCGAUCUGGACCACAACGGUGAAGGCCCCUGGGCGGGUUGGGAGGUACCCACCCGGGAUGUUAGCAUGGUCAGUGGUGUCAUCUGUGUUGGCAUGGGUGAUGCCGCAGCCUCGCUCGUCGGCCGUCGAUACGGCCGGCUGAAAUGGUUCUGGGGUGGGGGCAAGUCCGUUGAAGGCAGUGUGGCUUUUGCAGUGGCCGUGUCGUGUGGGUUGCUUGCCGUACGUGCCUGGCUGAUGGUCGGAGGGUGGGCCGUGACAGGGGCCGAAUCAACCGGAGUGGAGGCCUCCACCGUUCGGUUUUGGGCCUGGACAGCAUGCAAGGCCAUAUUAGCGGCUAGCGGGACUAGCGCGACCGAGGCGAUCCUCACUGGCUGUAAUGAUAACGUUGUCGUGCCAGUCGUGCUGUGGUUGUUAGUGCGGGGUCUGGGCGUUUGA